AUGGAACCUUUGGCUUUCGCACCGGACGGCUGGUUCGGGCACUGGGUCGAGCGGCGACCCGUGUGCCGAUGCAGUGUCCCCAGAGUGAACGCAGUGUUUCGCUCGCGACACCGGGAAGAGGUACGAGCUUCCCUGGAGCCAAACGAUCCCAAGAGACGAACGUUCAUUAAACAAGUUGGUGUGGGCAUAGCCGCUUUUAUGACACAGUGGCUGCUGGGGGCUGUGUCCGACGCUCGCGCUCGUGAGCCACCACCGACGGGUCCGUGUCCGAACUGUCGCGGCAAGGGGCGUGUCGUCUGUGACAUGUGUGGUGGAACGGGCUUCUGGCGGGCUGGUGGCUUCGCUGAAGACAAGCGAGCGCAGUAUAAAGGCACGGUCUGUCCUCAGUGUGACGGAAAGGGGAACCUUGUGUGUCCGGUUUGUUUGGGCACUGGCGAGGCGAACAUCCGGGGCAUGUUACGUCGCCGUCGCGUACCGACUGAAUCUGGUAGAACGCUCCAGACAAACUUUCCGGAAGACGACCAGUCAUAG